AUGAGUAAUAGACGUCCCAACUCGAACCCUGAAAAGGCACAGUGCAGGCGAGAUUUUAUACUUAAGCAAUUAUUGUUAUUAGUUAGUGAAAUAGAAGAACAUGACAAACCAAGAAUUGAUGGGAAACAUCACUAUGACCAUGCUAUGCAUUCUGAUCAUCAUGGUAUGCAACAAGAACAUCAUGAUAUGCAACAUGAUCAUCAUGAUAUGCAGCAUGACGAUCAGGGUAUGCAGCAUGACCAGCAUCCUGUGCAGCCAGACGACCCUUCCUGUUGCGUGGGUAUUGAUCUGUUAAAAGAUGAAUACUAUCAGCCGAUGACCGUUGAUGGCCAGCCAGCAAGACCUGUUCUGACUAGGAAAGCAGCAGCUGGUAAACACACAAAAUGGUGUCCUCCAUGUUACAAGGUCGUUCCCGCGAUGGAUUAUACACUCAGCUGCUACCGGCCACCUUGGAGUAAAGACCAGCAGGAGGCACCCUAUGAGCAACACCAUGAUCCAUACCGCAAGGAGCACCAUCAGGAGUCACCUUUUAAGAAACACCAUCAGGAGGACCCCUGUAAGGAUUAUCAUUCGGAGCCAAUGUAUAAAGAGCACCACCAUGAUCCAUACCGCAAGGAGCACCAUCAGGAGUCACCUUUUAAGAAACACCAUCAGGAGGACCCCUGUAAGGAUUAUCAUCCGGAGCCAAUGUAUAAAGAGCACCACCAUGAUCCAUACCGCAAGGAGCACCAUCAGGAGCCACCUUUUAAGAAACACCAUCAGGAGGACCCCUGUAAGGAUUAUCAUUCGGAGCCAAUGUAUAAAGAGCACCACCAUGAUCCAUACCGCAAGGAGCACCAUCAGGAGCCACAUUUUAAUAAACACCAUCACGAGGACCCCUGUAAGGAUUAUCAUCCGGAGCCAAUGUAUUAUGAGCACCACCAUGAUCCUUACCGCAAGGAGCACCAUCAGGAGUCACCUUUUAAGAAACAUCAUCAGGAGGACCCCUGUAAGGAUUAUUAUCCGGAGCCAAUGUAUAAAGAGCACCACCACGAUCCAUACCGCAAGGAGCACCAUCAGGAGUCACCUUUUAAGAAACACCAUCAUGAGGACCCCUGUAAGGAUUAUCAUCCGGAGCCAAUGUAUAAAGAGCACCACCAUGAUCCAUACCGCAAGGAACACCAUCAGGAGCCACCUUUUAAGAAACACCAUCAGGAGGAUCCCUGUGAGGAUUAUCAUCCGGAGCCAAUGUAUAAAGAGCACCACCAUGAUCCAGACCGCAAGGAGCACCAUCAGGAGCCACCUUUUAAGAAACACCAUCAGGAGGACCCCUGUAAGGAUUAUCAGCAGGAGCCAAUGCAUAAUGAGAACCACCAUGAUCCAUACCGCAAGGAGCAACAUCAGGAGUCACCUUUUAAGAAACACCAUCAAGAGGCGGAUAGACAUCAAUUAGGAAAUGAGAACCAUAUUCAUCAUCAUGAAUACUACAAUGAUAAGAACCUUGUGAAGCAAAAUGAUUUUGGUAGUCAAGCAAAUCAUUGUAAAUGCGAUGUUAAUCAACCAGAAAAUCAAAUAAAGAGUCAUGUUGAGAGUAAAAGGCACCAUAUGGAAAACGUGGAAGCAGCUCCAGGAAUAUAUAAAUGCGUUUACGACCCAUUAAAGGCUAGUUCAAGGCGAGUAAUUUGUAACGAAGAAAAUAAAAUACAUCCAGAAAGACAGAGCCAACCAUACACAGGAAUACCUGGUAUACGCCAAGAACAUGUUUGGGAAGGUGGUGAUGGUCAUAAAGAAGUAGAGAGGCAUCACCCAGGGGAUAAACAUCACGAACAAAAAAGGAAUGAAUGUCAGCAACGACCAGAAGAAAAUUAUCAUCAAUAUGGAAAGGGACAUAAACAUGGGCAUGCAUCAAAUGUAGCAAAGCAUCAUUCAGAUCCGAUUCCAAAAGCAGUAGUAUUGAUGAAACCUAAAGAGGAAUCCAGGCAUCAUGGUGAUGAAACGAAGUAUUAUCCAGUUUUGAUCCCCAAAGACGUUGUAUGGCCCGAACAUAAAGAACACCAUAUUCAAAGAAGAAAGAGCAGCUUUGAUGAAUCAAGGUAUCAACGAGUUUUAAUUCCAAAAGAUGUUAUGUAUGGAAGACCAUUACAAGACUCAAAGGGUCAUGUUGAUUAUCAACACAGUAAGGGAAAGAUCCAUCAUGGAAGACCCGAACUAUGUCAUGAGAAAAGGUCCUCAGGUUACGGGGGGCAGUAUAAUGGCCCAAAGGAAUUGCCUCCUCCUCAAAGAAGAAAUGGGUUAGCACCUGAAGUGAAGAACAUAGAGAAGCAGGGAUCUCAGGGACAGUCGAUAGUCUGCUUCGAAGACAGGGUAAGGAGGGAGCAGAAUGAGGCUAUGAAGUCGGAUCCUUACGGUGGACAGAAGUGCCCCCACGUCCACCCAGCGCCAGCUUAUUUCACUUAUUCAUGUCCUCAGAAUGACAAGAGGCACAACCAUUGGUCCGCACCGGAAACAACGGUUUGCAGAUAUCCAAACACCUGCAUGGCAUCUUGCUUCGAGCAUCCUGUGCUCAACGACUGGGUCUAUCGGCAGCCUAACAACAGAUUUUAUUUGCAAAGGAGAGAUUACAUACCGUUCUAG